UCGCUCACAACCAGUCUCAUAAUCAAGUGCGUACUUAUACCUACGGUAUCAUUAUUUUUACUCAGGCCCUCCUGCAGGUCUUCUUCUCGAAUUUAAAACUCCUAGUUUGAAAAUGAAAUACGUGGUGGCAAUACUUUUCAUUGCGGCUCUCGUCGUCGCUGAGGAUAAAGACGAGGAGAGACCCAAGACCUACAGGAGGCUCAUCCCCGCGGAUAUUCUGCGCGAUUUUCCUGGGAUGUGUUUUGCAUCAACAAAAUGUGCGACUGUAGAGCCAGGAAAAACUUGGGAUCUGUCACCAUUCUGCGGUCGUUCAACAUGCGUACCAGCUGAAGACAAUUCUGGACGUCUGUUCGAGCUCGUUGAGGACUGUGGACCCCUGCCCAAAGAAAAUCCCAAGUGCAAACUAUCCGAGAAAACCAAGAAAACAUCACCCUUCCCAGACUGCUGUCCAAUAUUCGAGUGUGAGGAAGGCGCUAAACUCGAAUACCCAGAAAUUCCAACAAUUCCACCCCCCGAACUUGUCGAGGAGUCAAACCCCACGGAGACGACCACAGCCAAGGCUUAACCGUAAACCGAACGUGAUAAAAAAUUGAAAUACCAAGAAAAAAAGAAAGAAGAAAAUAUGAUGAAAGGAUAAAAAAUAGACAAAAAUGAGACAUCAAAAUAACGGCAAAUUUAUCCGAAGCACAUAUGACUCUGACGUGACUCGAUUUGCUACUCGAAAAAUAAAUUGGCAUCUCGACCCGGUUACACCCCUCGCAUGUAUAUAAACACUAUUCUCAACACGUUCUGAUUCACCGUUAAAACUUUGGAAUUCUACCUAUUCGAUUAUCUGUGAAUAAUAUUUUUUUAACGAUAAAAUCGUGCACCACUACUUUUCUACACUGUUUUUGUUUUUUCUUUUAUAUAGAAGUUAAACUAUUGAGUCGUGGAGAAUUAAGAUACUUCACGUAAAUGUAUUACAUGAAAUUGAAGGAUAUGUGUGAUUGUAAUUAUACGAUUAAAUUAAUUAUUAUUUAAUACUGA